AUGAGUCAGCAAGCCCCUCUGUCGCCGCCGGCGGAUACCAGUUUUCCUCAACCCCAGCCAGUUCCGCUUGAUUCUCCGACCCGUACGACUCCGAUUCAUUCUGCUCUUCCUGAAAUCCGCGUCCCUGGAGAGCCGCUACCGCCUCAUCGAUAUCACCCAGUCACUUGUACACCAAUUGAUGCUGUAGAAGUUCGCUCACAGCUCCAGCAGCUACGGAAGGAAUAUCCGUCAUCCACGGCCGCUCUGAAAGCACAGGAAGAGGCGGCAAAGGAUGUGAAACAGAGACUGGAGGAUGCCGAGAAGAAAAGGGACGAGGUGCAAAAAGCACUGGAUAAAAAGAUCAAGGAGAGGGACACUGAAUUGAAGGUGCUUUCAAAAUACCAAGAAGUGAAAGCCUCGAAGAUUCCAACUUAG